AAUCGCUGUCGAUGACAUAAAAACAGUGAUAGUUAUUACCAAGUCUUAUACGUAUUUAGUUGUAAACUGAUCACAAAGAUGUUGCAAAAGUAAAAGUAGUAAUAACUGAUAUGUUAUUUAACAUGUCUUUCCAACAACCUGGUACUAUCGGAGAUAUAUUGCAUUUAAAUGUAGGCGGAAAAAUAUUUUCUACAUCCAGACAAACUCUGUCUCUUAUCCCGGAUACCUUUUUUACAGCUUUACUAAGUGGUCGUAUAUCAAGUUUAAGGGAUGAAAAAGGAGCAAUUUUUAUUGAUAGAGAUCCUAAAUUAUUUUCUAUAAUUUUAAAUUAUUUACGAACAAGAGAAGUUGAUUUACAAGGAAUAGAUGUUCGAACUCUUCGACAUGAAGCUGAAUAUUACAACAUUGCACCUUUAGUGAAAAGACUUUUACUUUGUGAAGAAUUAACACAACCCACUUGUGGUGAUGUAUUAUUUUAUGGAGCUUUACCAGCUCCAUGUAUUCCUAUACAUGAUUCAGGGCAAAUAUACCAAUCCACAGAGCCAGUUGCUGCACAUAAUCCAAGACCUGGCCCAAGUAGACAUCCAGAAGUCGUUUCAGAUGGAGAAAUCGGAAAACAGACAGACGAUCUUCAAAUUUCUUCCAACCAAAACCAACUAGGUUGCACACAUCAUUCUCAGGGAUAUAUGCCCAACAGACCCCACGGACAUUCACGAAAUUCUUCUUUAGAGUUAAGAUUAGGUUCAUCAAACAAUUAUAGUAGAAGUUCUCAAGAUUUGCGUGGUUUACCUUGUAGAGGGCACUCGCGGGCGGCUUCAUUAGAUUUGAGACACGUUAGAAAUUCUUCUGCCGAUCUUAAUAAACUAGUUAGAAACGAUAUUGGUUUGAUAUUUGGUAUUACAGCAACCAGUUGGGCAGAUCCUCUUCGAGUACAAAUAAUAAAAGCACAUCACAAUUGGAUAGUUGUUGCAUAUGCUCAUUUUGUCGUUUGUUAUAGAUUGAAAGAUUCUAGUGGAUGGCAACUGGUUUUUACCAGUCCUUACAUUGAAAGCUGUAUAGAAAGAAUAGCAAUUAAUGCUAAAAUUGGUUCUGCAGAAGCUUCAAAGAUGGUAGCUAUAUCUUAUGGUAGUCAAGUGAGGUUAUGGGGAAUUUCAGAUGCAGGAUCUCACACAAAUAUUGGUACCUUCAAUCUCUGUGUUCGAGUAGAAUAUCUAUUUUUUAUUGGCAGUCAAUUGGUUGCACUAUCACCUUCCGGUAAACUAGGAGUAUGGCACGCCAUGACACAGCAUUGGCAAACACAAGAUGUUAUGCCUAUUGCAUCGUUCGAUACAGCAGGAUCAAUAUUAUUAUUAGGAUGUAACAAUGGAUGUAUCUAUUACAUAGACAUGCAAAAGUUUCCUCUGAGAAUGAAAGACAACGAUUUAUUGGUAACAGAAUUAUAUAGAGAUCCAAAUAACGAACCAGUUACUGCAAUAUCAGUUUAUCUUACCCCAAAGACAAACAUAUGCGGCAACUGGAUCGAAAUUGCCUAUGGUACAACUUCAGGUGCUGUGAGACUUAUAGUACAGCACCCGGAAACAGUCGGUCAUGGACCUCAAUUGUUUCAAACAUUUACGGUCCAUCAGAGCAAAGUAAUCAAAGUAACGCUAUCUGAAAAAUAUCUAGUAUCAGUUUGUUCCGAAUACAACCACGUAAGAAGUUGGAGAGUGACAAGAUUUAGAGGAAUGCUUUCGACCCAACCAGGUUCGACACCUGAAGCUUCUUUUAAAAUCGUAGCAUUAGAGACUAUAGAACCCACUAUGACAUACGGAGUCGCUAACGAAUGUGGCCCAUUUGGAGAACAAGAUGAUGAACAAGUAUUUAUACAAAAAGUAGUUCCUGAUUCAGACCAAAUAUUUGUUAGAUUAGCUAGCAACGGAAAAAGAAUUUGUGUAAUAAAAGCAGUGGAUAACAGCACAGUUAGUGCAUUUUGUGUUCACGAAUGUGAAGGUUCCAGUAGAAUGGGCUCAAGACCUAGAAGAUUUAUAUUCACUGGACAUUCCAAUGGUACCAUUCAAAUGUGGGACUUGACAACUGCUCUAGACAUUUCUUAUAAGUCUGAUAGUAGUAGCGUUAAUCAAACAAAUAGUGGUCCAAAUACACAGGAAUUACUUCUUAUGUUGGAUCAAUGUGAUAUUAGUAACAGUCUGUGUUCAACUCCUUGUAUGUCUCCAUCUCCUUAUAUGACCGCCGCUUUAAGACUGAAAUCAAGUAACGUAGCUUUUUUAAAUCAGCAAUUACACUUAGAUAAUGAAAAGGCAUCAAAUUCAUCUUAGAUUUGUGCAACUAGACCAGCCUGCGAUUUUACAUCUUGUCACAAUUGUAUGAAAUAUCCAUUUUCAGUAAGUGUUGUACACUAUAUUUUCUCCACACCUACACGAGAUACUCAAUAUUCUACCCCAACACAAAAAAAAUUCUCACCUUUAUUGGGAUUAUCAAAUAUCCAAUUGGAGAGCAGGAUUUUAUUUCGCACUAGUGCCAAAUGCUUAUUAAUUUGCUAUACUAUGGUGAAAUAUUGACUAUCUUAUGCAGGUCGUUGGAAAAUACUUUUUUACUACUGAAUUUAAUUACAAUUUUUAUAAUUUUAGAAUUGACGUCAAUACCUAUUUGUAAUAAUUUUAUGUUCUUUAUAAGUUGUGUAAAAAAUCUUUUUCUUUUAUAUUAAACAAUAAAAAACAGAUAUGAGUGACAUCUUUUUUAAAAGUCACAUCAUCCUGUUUGAACAAAA